AGUCGCGAGCACGUUGCUAGUGGGCGCGGCUGGUAGGGCUGUGGGUGGUGGGAGGCGAGCGUCCACUUCAGACUUGCGGGUUCCAGCACCCUGGCCCACGCUCGGUUAGGUUAGUCUACUGAUUGACACCGCCGUGGCAUCUGAGAAACUGUUGUCCGGCCUGUGCGUUGAAGCGGCGGCGGUUUCAACGUCCAAAGAGAAGCUGAAAUUCAUCAAUCACCAUUCUUCAAAAUGCAAUGGAAUGUACCAAAGACUGUAUUCCGACUGGCACAUAGGACAUGCAUGGAACCAUAUAAAACUGGUCUCUUUGGUCACUGUCAAAUUAUAAAGGGACCAUUACUUCUAUAUAAAGCCGAAUCCAGAGUAGUUUUGGUACAAGGCCCUCAAAAACAAUGGCUGUGCUUAUCUGCUGUCCAAUGCACUGCAAAGGAAAGGAAGCCAUUUGAUCCUCAUUUACCCCAACCUGGGGUCCUUCACCAUAAACAGUGGGAGCAAGAUAUUUUGUCCAAGAGGGUUAUGUCAUCCAAUGCCACAUCUCCAGGAACUCCUUCAGAAAAAAAGGAAGAACCUGAUCCUUUACAAGACAAAUCGAUUAGUCUUUAUCAACGGUUCAAGAAAACAUUUAGACAAUAUGGAAAAGUUUUGAUUCCAGUGCAUCUAAUAACUUCUGGUGUUUGGUUUGGAACAUUUUAUUAUGCAGCCAUAAAAGGAGUGAAUGUCGUUCCUUUUCUAGAACUUAUUGGGUUACCUGACAGCGUAGUAAACAUUCUGAAAAAUUCCCAAAGUGGAAAUGCACUAACAGCAUAUGCCUUGUUUAAGAUUGCAACACCUGCCCGGUACACCGUGACUCUGGGGGGAACCUCCUUCACUGUGAAGUAUUUACGUAGUCGUGGCUACAUGUCAACACCACCUCCGGUUAAGGAGUAUCUGCAGGACAGGAUGGAAGAGACAAAAGAGCUUCUCACAGAGAAAAUGGAAGAAACGAAGGAUAGACUCACUGAAAAAUUACAAGAAACCAAAGAAAAAGUUUCUUUUAAGAAGAAAGUAGAAUAGGGUGCCUUAUAUAACAGGUUGUAGACAGUUCCUACAUUUUAACCCUUUGGAGAAUGUGGACAAAGAUGAUAUUUUUGGUUAGUUGCCUAAAUAUACUAAUUCUCUGAGGGUUAAAGAACUAAGAUCCCUUUUUAACAUUAAAUCAGUAGAAAAAUCAGUGCUUUUUGAAAAGAAAAAAACUCAAUGUAAGAAUUUCACAUCAAUAGCAACAUUAAGCAGUAGUUAAUGCCUUGUAAGUCAGAGCUUUUUCAAGGUCUUCAGAAUCAUAUUUGCUUUAUGUUUUGUUGCAGCUGUAAUUUAGGCAGGUGAGGCAGUUGACUCCUUGAAUAACUGAUGCGGCUUAGACAGAAUGCUAACAUUGGGUCUUCAUCUUUAUGUUAUUCAUUGAGGUUUUAACUAUAUUCAGUUUUCAAUGCGGAGACAAACUAUUAUCAUCAAAACUGCCUGUGAAUAAGAGGAUAUUUAAUGUUUUGAUAAAAAGUAUGUAAGUUACAUACCAGUUAAAAUACAGACUUUAUUUGAAGAAAGUUGAAUAAAAAUUGGGUCAUCUGUAUGUAAAUAACAUGGUUAUAUGUAAAUUAAAAAGUUGACCAUUUAAAAAUGAUUUUUACCUGAAGUUUGUCAUAAUCAGAAAUUUUAAAGCAAAUAUAUAUGGCCAUAGUACUUUUUCACCUGGAACACAAAACUGUGACUUGUGUCCUCUUCAACUAACUUUUCAGAGGAAAAGUCAAAAUAUACCUUAAGUUUAAUGUUGAAGCCACAUUAUCGUAAGCAGUGACUCAAGCUUGUGCUUGUCAAGCAGAAACAGAUUUGGAAGGAUGGAAAAUGGCGUCAGCUUGUCAUGGAGUUAACUCAGUCUCCCUGCUGUGUGGCAGGCCUUUGUCUCCACAAGUCAGCGCUCUUUCCCAAUGUCUUUGUUCCAGAGUUAAUAUUGAUCUCAUUAUGGAGUAAAUUUUCAAAUUCUAACUGCUGCUUUCCCCCUUAUAUUGAAAUAUCCUUGCUUGAGCAUUUUACUUGAAUUUUUUUUAUAUUAUCUGCUUGGAAUGAAAUUCAGCCAUUGUGAGAUAUGAAAGUUGCAGAUGUGA